AUGGAGCAUCUAAAACAGUUUCAUGCAAAUGUUCUUCGAAAACAAAGAUGCAUAGCUAUAAGAAGACGCUCGAAAUGGUCCGUUCAGGCUCUCUCAAAAGCUUACAAUGCAACGUUUCCUGGUUCUAGCUCUGCUCUUGUGCACUGUGUGGCUGGCUACAUGUUCACACUGCUACCAAAAGUCGAGUCGCUGUGUACCGGAUUCAAAUGUAAUUGUUGGGCCGAUUAUGGAAAUCUUGCCCGGAUUACUGCGCAAAAUGUCAAGGAAAGGGUCUGGGAACAUGCGAAAAAGUCUAUGUGUGUGAUUGUGUUGGAUACCAAUGCCACUGCGAAGGCGAGGAUGUUCCAAAGUCAACAAACCCGUUGGAUAUGGCUACAUGUAAACUGGGAUUAUAAUGAAAAGGCUACUGCGUGCUGUGUAUAUAUGUAA